AUGACGUACUCUCCCAAAAAAUAUCAACAAAACAAGGAGGCUAUCAAAACCUACCAAAAACGUUACUAUGAGAAGAACAAAGAAAAAUUAGUAGCGAAACAAAAGAAGUACGACGACGAACACAAGGAGCAAAACUCAGCUAGACACAAGGAAAAGAAGUACAAACAACGACGAGCAGCUAGAGUAUUACUAUCAGCUGCGUAA